GACACAUUAUGACAUUGCUGUAAUGUUAGAGAAAGUGAAACUAAACAACUGUAUAUGGACUCUUUAUAUUCUAUCUGUCUUUAAUCUAACAACACAAUAUUUCUUCAGUGACACAGCUGAUAUUCACUCACAGUGAUGUCUUUCUCCAAUAAUCCAAAGACUGAAAGGCUUCAGUGUUCAAUCUGUCUGGAUGUGUUGAAUGAUCCAGUCAGCACUCAAUGUGGACACAACUUCUGCAAGAUUUGCCUGAAUACACACUGGGACAACAGUCAAGACUGCAAAUGUCCAAACUGUAGAGAAACAUUUGAGAAAAGACCUGAACUCAAGAUUAAUACAACACUCAGAGAUCUUGUGGAUGAACAUAAGAAGAAAACUGAAGAUAAACAACCUGAAGUCCUCUGUGACAUCUGUGAUGAAGUAAAACUGAAGUCUGUGAAGUCCUGUGUGGUGUGUCAGAGCUCUUACUGUAAAACUCAUCUGGGCCGUCAUUUGACAGUGACAGGUUUAAAGAAACAUAAACUUAUUGAUCCUGUGAAUAAUCUGCAGGAUUAUAUAUGUCUGAAACAUGAGAGACCUCUGGAGCUCUUCUGUAGAGAUGAUCAGACAUGUGUGUGUUGGUCCUGUACUGAUGAAGACCAUAAGAAUCACAACACUGUGACUUUAGAGGAGCAGACUGAAGAGAGGAAGAUUCAGCUUUUGAAAAAACAGAUAGAUGUGCAGCAGAAGAUCCUAAACAAAACCAAAAGGAUUCAAGUUAUCAAACAUUCAGUAGAGCUCGGAAAAGUGAGUUUAAAAACUUGAAGAAGUUAAUUGUUUAAUAUUUUAUGUUUUUACAGUUUUUUUCGAUUGCUAAACGACAGUGAGCACAACUGGGGCUACAUGUGCAAAACUCUGACUACAGUCUGCACUACCAAAAGUCACCUGAGCACAACUCUUAACACAUGACUCAAAACAGCUCAGUGCAGCCAAACACUAAACACAACCCUCACUGAGAUAACACACACUGUCACUCACAACACACUGAGAGGAAAAACACUAACAUC